GCAAAGAGCUCUCAGGCUCCUUUCUCGCAGGAUUCGCAACUCGUCUGAGUACAGCGGCUGCCUUUUCACCGUAAGCACAGCACGAACCAUGACAUUCAUCCAUCGGAAACACCAGACUCCCACGGCUUCAUCGUGGGAUGGCCUUCAGGCAUUGCUUGAGGUUCCCGUGAGCAUAGCCGGCAGCGGGCGCGAUGAACGGCCCAUCGGCGUCGGCAUCAGCUGCCGCAGGUGGGCUGACAGAACUGACUGGGCGAGGGCGGGAAGGAAUUCUCAUGUGGGGUGGUUUGUGUGUUGGCCAGGCGGUGGUGGACGUAGCGGUGUGAUUGGCUUCAUCAAUCAUAGCACCAUACAGAGUGACGGGCUGCCGGUGAGCCAUCAAGCCAUCACAGCCACACAGCGCGGAGAGCACCGCACGGGGUGUCGGUGUGUUCAUAGUGAUCUGUGUGUGUGCCUGCCUGCCUUUGCAGCUGUCCUCUGAUGUGUUGGCGCAGCUGUCGAAAGUCAAAACACAGUUAGCCGUGUUGGACUCAAAGGUGAGAGGACAGCACAGAGGGAGGGAGAGGGCGGCUGACUUAUGUGUGUGUGUGUGUGGUGUGUGCAGUUUGUCAAGAAGAUGGGCAUCUCUGACACUAUCGAUUACCUCACUGCGAAGGUCGUCAGUCAGCGCAUAGCUGACCUCCCUUCGUGUGAUAUUCUGUGGUCUGUGGCUGUGUGCAGGGGUCUGUUGGUGAGAGGCACCUGCCCAUGGUGGAAGGGGCCGCGUCAGAGAUCUUUGGUGCGCUGGGCGACCUGGAGAGGGAACUCAAACGACUCAACGGCGCGGCACUGGUACGCACAGACACAUCUACUGUCGGUCCUUCAACUGGUGGAUGAGUGUAUGUGUCUUCUCCUGCCUGUGUGUGUGUGUGUGUGUGUGUGUAUCAGCUGGGGGGCCACUUCAAGAGCUUCGCAUUUGUCCCCCCAGCCGCUAAGAAGACCACCACAGAGACCACUGACACACUCAAGAAGGUACGACCGCUGCACGGUGAAGCCAUCAUGACGGCCAAAACUAUGGCGUGAUGUGUGCAGGAAACUGUUGCAGACAGCACAUCCUGCCCGAGUCGUCAAGUGCUGCGGCCCCGCGCUUCUUGCCCGGCCUGUCCCUGCCCACCGACGUCCUCCGCGGCACCCUGCUGCCCUUCAUCAGCGGCCACCGUGACGAUCCCGCCACCCUCACCCCACACAACACAAUCGCCCUCUGCCGCACAUCCGAGGCGGUCAGCAGCGCAGUCGAGGCCGACCUGGUCGCCGACAUUGACAGCAUCAUCCAGCGCGACGGACUCACAGGCGCCAUCGGCUACGCCCCGCUGCGUCAGUCGAGCCAUGGCAGUCGUCUGGUGCGCCGGAUGCGGCUGAUCCGCCUCCACUACGUGAUAGUGAAGGGGGGCGACUGGCGGGGCAACGUGCUGGUGCUGCGGAUGGCCAACAGCUGCGGACGAGUGCAGUAG